AUGCAGUUCACGAACGCCGCCGCACUCGCCUUCCAACUCGCCAACGACCAAUCGGGCGCAAAUUCCAAUGUUGCUGUCCCAGUUGAUGGCAAGAAGCGCCCCGUUCAAGAGCUUUGGGGUCACACCGCUGUCGCUAAGCAUGGCCUCGUCUUCGCAUCGAGCGCCCAGCUCGUUGCUUUCCAGCAGACCACUGUCUGCACUAUUACCGAAGAGCCUCGCGUUGAUGUCACCCUGGACGCCAAGAAGACUUGGGCAUCCUUCGGCGGUGUUGUCGAUCUCUGUGCCGCUUAUAUUGUUUGCAAGUGUGAGGGUAUGUGA